CUAUCAGUCACUGGGAGGGACGGCCGCGGCCAGUUCCGACCCGGCCUCCGACUCGAGCGCUCGCGUCGCGUUGCCAACAUUCCCGACACUUGCCGCGUUGUGCGUACACGCAGAAUCACAGGACUCGCAUAUAAUCCACUACAUUAGCAGCCAUGUCGACGGCAGUAGAGAACGGCGUGGUGACCGGCGUCAGCAACGGCGUGCCCAACGGGCUGCUGGAGGCGCGCCUCAACGGGCACGUGCACGCGCACGCGCACGCGCACGCCGCGCUCGCGCACGACCGCUGGGACGAGCAGUUCCUGCCGCCGCCGCUCAGGAUCGAAGACCAGGCGCGCGCGCUCAAGAUCAACGCUCGCCUGUCCGGGCUGAUCCUGGGCGGCGCGACGCUGCUGCGCGUGGGCGACGUGUUCGAGCGCGAGCUGGAGCGCGGCCUGCGCGAGCAGCCCUCCAGCCUGCAGAUGGAGAACACGUACAUCCCUGAGCUACCUGACGGCACCGAGGAGGGUCUAUUCCUGGCGUUGGACCUCGGCGGCACAAACUUCAGAGUGCUGCUUUUGGAACUUAGAGGAGGACAGCUAGUGCGGGAGGACGUCAAACAAUACCACAUCAGUGACGAGAUGCGAGUGGGCCCCGGGGAAGACCUUUUCAAUUUCCUCGCAGACUGCGUGUUAGAUUUCGUUAGAUCAGAAGGAAUGGAAAAGGAAAAACUAUCUUUAGGGUUCACGUUCUCGUUCCCGAUGAAGCAGCACUCGAUCCUGUCGGGCGAGCUGAUCACGUGGACCAAGAGCUUCAAGUGCGGCGGCAUGGGCGGCGUGGACGUGGCGGCGCUGCUGCAGCGCUGCCUGCGCGCGCGCCGCCUCGACGUCACCGUGCGCGUGCUGCUCAACGACACCACCGGCACGCUCGUCGCCGGCGCGCACAUCGACCCCGCUGUCGGGAUCGGCGUGAUCCUUGGCACGGGCUCGAACGGCUGCUACAUGGAGCGCGCGGCGCGCGUGCAACACUGGGAGGCGGCGCACGAGCGCGUGCACGACGUGUGCGUGGACGUGGAAUGGGGCGCGUUCGGCGACAACGGCUGCCUCGACUUCGUGCGCACCGACAUCGACCGCGAGGUCGACGCAAGCUCGCUGCUCGUCGCUUCCUUUACGUUUGAGAAGUACAUCGGCGGCAAGUACCUGGGCGACGUGUUGCGCGCGGCGCUGGCGGCGCUGGCGGCCGAGCGGCUGUUCCCCGCCGCGCCGCGGCCCGGCGCGCUCGCCACCGCCGACCUCAGCAUGUUCGAGCAGGAGAGCAUGCAGGGCUCGUGGGAGCGCACGCGAGAGACGCUGACGACGGCGUGUGGAGUGGCGGUGAGCGCGGCCGACGCGCUGGUGGCGCAGCACGUGGCGCGCGUCGUCUCCAACCGCGCCGCCCAGCUCGUCUCCGUCUGCAUCGCGACGCUGCUGCGGCGCAUGGACCGGCCGUACGUGGUGGUGGCGGUGGACGGCUCCGUGUACAAGCGGCACCCGCGCAUCGCGCGCCUCAUGGACAAGUACAUCGCGCUGCUGGCGCCCAAGCACAAGUUCUCCCUGCUCGCCGCUGAGGAUGGCAGCGGCAAAGGAUCAGCCCUGACGGCCGCGAUCGCUGCCCGCAUGGCGGCGAGACAACAAUGACCGCUCGGCGACGACGCGACGCCGACUUGGCAGUCGUGACUCGUGGGACGUGAUAAGUUGGAGAUUUAGACUAAAGACUUUUGGUUGACAAAAAUUACGUUGGUAUUGUCUUUUAGCUUUUUGGAUCGAUAAAAACCGAAAAUUCAAAUAUCUGAUAGAAACUGCGGCGGGGUACAUUUCGCGUAUUAAGGCCAUGGUCGGGUUUCUAAUUCUGUUAAAGAAAAGCAUGAAACAAACCUAAAAUCUAGAAGAAGAAAACUCUUCGGAAAAGGGGUGUUUUCAUUAAUCAUGAUCUUUUAAACCAUAGACUUUGUAACGAAUCGUAAAUUCUUUCUGAGUCACUUUGCUCGUAAACUCGUGUUAGUGCACAAGCCGAUAAGGGCAGUCGAGGUGACCCUUCCAGAGCCAUUCACACUGUGGCAGGCAAUUUAGUUCCACCUCACUUUGAUGAUAUUUAAUUACUGGUAUAAAAAGCUCAUUUGAUAUUAAAGUGUGUUAAAGUUUAAUUGAGGAGUGUAUGAGUUGUAGGCAAAUGUAGGACAUAUCGAAUUUUCAUGUUAGUGGUUAUGUGUGGAGCUCGCGGGACGAGUGAGUCGUGUGAUACUUUCCAUUUAGUUAGUACGUACCUAAGUAGGUAUAGUUUUGUAUAGAAGAUUUAUACUGUAUGUGAUAUGUGAGUAGACACUUAGAUUUAUUGUGUAGUGACAAAUACAUAUUGUAGUUUAAGUUUAAUCCUUGUUUGGAAACAUGGGCAGCUGAGUUUAUAGACUCCGUAGAAACGAGAUUUUAAGUUUAAAAUCUUGAAGUUGAUAUGUCCAAAAAUCUCAAAUCAAGAAUAAAUGGUUUACCUACUACAUUUAUGGGAGGCAUUUUAAAUAGUUUUUAAAGAACAUUGUGAAAUGUUGUAUUCUUAUUUCACUUGAUUUAAUAAAUCAGACCUGAUUUCAUAAUUUCAAUUUAAGAAAGCGCAUCUUAUGAUGGUUGUACAUAGUAGUGUAAGUUAGUAUAAAUCGUGCCAUACAUUAUGUUUAUUUUAGUUAGUUAGGUACACGGUAGAAUAACAUUUCCAUGCAAUUGCGACACUUAGCUGGUAUGUAUUACAUUUCUGGUGGAGUCCGUAGCUCACGCCGCGGAGGGUGCAAUCAAUCUUGAUGAGGAUGACUUUUAUCCUCAGUAUCAGCUAAGAGUUGUGAUGGCCAAUAUUCCGCAAUAUGCUCAUAAAUUGUCUAGAUUUCUAAUGGGUUUGGCAAUGAUUUUCAACAUGAGGAAAUUAAAAAA